AAUUCAUAACUAAAAAGGCGCCUUAAAAAAAUGAAAAAAUUGGCCGGUAUUUAUUUGUCUUUUUCUCUGGUCUUUUACAUCACCCCGCGCCAUAUAACGCGCCUUGCAAUGGAAGCAGAUUCUCCAAACAACAAACAGAAGCGAAAAUGAUGAAAUCUCACUCACUCUCUGCUUUCUUUGGCUUCUUCUUAGACUAGAAAGUGAAAAAUUGAAAAUGCCGGAGCUUGGGCUUCAGGAUCAGAGCUCGUCGAGAUCGGGUUUUAGAGCUCGCGAUGCUAGCCCUGACUCUGUGAUUUUAACUCUCGAGUCCAACUUUAGUCUGUUUUCUUCUGCUUCUGCCAGCGUUGAUCGGUGCUCUUUUGCUUCCGAUGCUCAUGACCGUGACUCUCUCGCUUCUGAAAUUUCUCUGCAUUUGGCAGGACAUGAAUCUUCAUCUUUUGGUGGGGGCGUCGGUGGUAGUGACCUUCACGAUCCUUCGAGUGGUCCAGAUCGAGAUGCAGAUCCAAACAAACUCAUCUCUGUAUACGGCAACACCAAGCACGCUCACGCUCACGUUCACGUUCACUCUCACUCUCACUCUCACUCUCACUCUCGUCUCUUCAGAAAAGUUGAAAAAGAGAAAUGUACAGCUCAAAAAGAAGACAAAAAAGCUACUAUAGAAGUAGAGGACGAUAGCCAUCUCUUAGAUUCAGCGAGAAGCUCAUUCUCUCUUGCUCUUAAAGAGUGUCAGGAAAGGAAAUCCAGAUCUGAAGCCAUUUCGAAGAAGCCAGACAGGAGGAGACCUGCUUCGCUGGAUCUGAACAAUGUUAUUGCCGCCUCAUCGCCGCGAUUGGGUGCCAUGAAAACGAGCUCGACUUCGUCGCGCAAGUCCGGUAUGUUUCCUAGUCCUGGCACACCUAAUUAUCGCCACGCUAGUGUUGGAUUGCAGAAGGGUUGGAGCUCGGAGCGAGUGCCAUUGCAUAACAAUGGUAAUAGGCGCCAAGUAAAUGCUGCGUUAUUGCCUUUCAAUAAUGGGAGGACGUUGCCAUCGAAAUGGGAGGAUGCUGAGAGGUGGAUAUUUAGUCCUGUUUCUGGAGAUGGUGCACUGAAAACGUCUCUUCAACAUCCUCAGCGGAGGCCAAAGUCGAAGAGUGGACCGCUUGGGCCUCCUGGGAUUGCGUAUUAUUCGUUGUAUUCGCCUGCCAUGCCAGUAUUUGAAGGAGGGAAUGCGGGAAAUUUCAUCGCAGGUUCUCCUUUUUCAGCUGGUGUUAUUGCAGCGGAUGGACUGUCUAUUCCGUCUAAUGGCCAUGGUUUGGCCUUUUCUGCGCGGACAGAGCCUUGCAUGGCCCGUUCCGUUAGUGUGCACGGGUGCUCUGAGGCGUUGGCCCAGUCCUCGUUGCCCUCCCAAGAUGAGAAGCUUGAUGAUGUGAAGAAUGCAGCGGCUGAUAUGCCUUCUUCCGUUUCAAGAAGGGACAUGGCAACCCAAAUGAGUCCUGAGGGUAGCAACCAUUCAUCUCCAAGCGGGAGGGCAUCAUUCUCUGUUUCCACUCCAUCUGCGCUAACUAUUAUGGAACUGGAGAAUAUCCAUUCCUCCAAAUCAGAAGUCAGGGAUGUGGAGGUGGAUGAAAAGGUUACUUUCACGAGGUGGACUAAGAAACAUAGGGUUCGCAACCAGGGGAAGAGAUCAGAAAUUGUUGAUGACUGGAGAAAGAAAACUGCUGAUGCUCGAUGUUCAGGUUGGGACGUUGCAGAGGCUGCAAAGAGCAUUUCAAAGGCCAAAAGAGAGGAAGCCAAAAUCAGUGCAUGGGAGAAUCUGCAGAAGGCAAAAGCUGAGGCAGCAAUAAGGAAACUUGAGAUGAAGCUUGAAAAAAAGAGAUCAUCAUCUAUGGAUAAAAUUAUGAAUAAGCUGAGAUCAGCCCAGAAGAAAGCCCAAGAAAUGAGAACCUUCGUAUUAUCCAACCAGGCAAACCAAGUUUCCAGGACUUCUCACAAGGUUAUAUCAUUCCGCAGAACCCGUCAAAUGGGGUCCUUGAGUGGUUGCUUCACAUGCCAUGCUUUCUAGUAUCUCAUCUCCGUAUAUUGCUGUGUUUUAAUCAGCUUAACAUGCCUGAUGUCAUGUAACUGGGUGAAGGUUUAUUAGAUUCCUGAUCGAGUUGAAGUGGAAUAACACCUGCAGCAGAAGGCAGUGUAUAGAAGCAGAAAACUAUUACAUAGACACUAUUCUGGUGUCAAUGCAGUUUUGCAGGGGCACGAAGCUCAAGUGUCUCCAUUAAGAUUUCAGUUAAGCGGCAAGAUUCUUGGUUGCGGUGUUCCUGACACCAACAUAUCCUGAAAUUUGACUGUAAAUCUUCUACUUGUGUAUGUAUGUGUGUAUAUCGACAAGUACUUUUUCUCAUUCAUGGCAUUUUGCCUUGCAGUUUGAAAUGCCAUUUACCUGGCUUACUUCCAAUUUUAAAAUAAAUUCUAGUAUGGGUAUAAGUACACCGUGCAUUCUAUUGGUCAAUAAAACUGCCAGGUCUUGGAAUUGCUAUUCCGUUA